AUGAUAGGGUCUCGAAAAUGGCUGGUGUUCCUGGAAAUCGCCUUCCAGCAAAUGAUUCUAUCUGCUUUAAGCUAUUUUAGUGGGAAUGCAAGUGGUAUAAUGGCACUUUUGGUCGGUGUAUUGUCAGGUUUUGCUUUGUGUGACUUGUGGUACUUUAUACGCAUGGAGCUUCAGUCACUUAUGCCUGCAGGACGUGGCCCUCGUCGUCAUUUGUUUGCGUUGAGCAUGAUCAAAGGUCAUGUUGGAUUCAUGGAUAUUGAUCGUAAUGGUCACUGUAACAACUCGCGUUUUCUACGUGAGUGUGGCUUUGGUCGUCGUGAUCUGUGGCAGUACAAUGGCGUAUGGAAGGUCGUGACAAACGCGGGCGGUAACCUUGUGGUAGGUGCACAGACUGUACGCUACCGGCGUGAGCUGUCAUUCGGUCAGGCCUAUACGAUGGAGACGCGACUUGUUUGUUGGGACAAGCGCGCCUUCUACGUCGAGCAUCGGUUUGUGACCAGAGAUGGCAACGGAGACUUUGUAAAUGCCAUUGUAAUGGUGAAGAACACGGUGAUAGGUGUGCUGAGCCCCGAGCAGAUCAUCGGGAAGCUGCCGCAGCUACAGUUUGAUGAAGAGGCUCAUCCGACGAUGCCCGAGGACAUGUCUGCCUGGAUCCAUAGCAACGAUAUUUCUAGCAAGAUGCUUCGCGCUGAGGCUGUGAAGUAA